AUGCCGUCCUUUUCCAAUAAAAAGGGAUGGCAAAAGUAUCAACGCUUUUGGUGGCGGUGGUCUUCAAGGCGUACCAGGCCAGCAACGGAUCCUUUAAUCAAUGUACCAGCUAGACGAGACGACAUUUAUGAAGAGAUUAUCAUGACUCCCACUAGUCAACAACACCUUGCUCGACAUGACAACGAUAACGAUGACGACGAUCAUGAUUCUAUAUCCUGUUCCUCUCCACCAUCACCGCAACCAUUAUCAUCCUCUUCUUCUUCAUCAUCAACAUCAUCGUCCUCUCAUGCGAUCCAACUACGACGAAUAUCAGGUGGCGGCCGCCGAGUCUUUGUCAACCUUCCUUUACCGAAAUACGACCUUGAUGCACAUGGCAACCCAAAACAACUCUUUGUCUCCAACAAAGUACGCACUUCCAAAUACACCACCCUUUCUUUUAUACCCAAGAACCUCUUUGAACAAUUCCGUCGCGCUGCCAACAUGUACUUUCUCGGCAUGGCCAUUCUACAAUUGGUCCCUUACUUUGGUGUCGAUUCACCCGCAUUGACACUGCUUCCCAUUUGUAUUGUCGUGUUCAUUACCGCCAUCAAAGACGGCUUCGAGGAUUAUCAACGACACAAGGUGGAUGCGCGUUACAACGGCAGUAUCACAUAUACCCUGAUUGGAUACAACAAUGUCAACUACCCACAGCACGCAGUAUUACCAUGGUGGAAACGACUUGGAAAACAACAACAACAACAAAAAGCGCCAUCACAAUCAUCAUCCAUAGAUACAACACUGCAACAACAACAACAACAACUUCAACGAGGUGUUUUUGGAAGAUCUUUAUCGAUGGACGUGCGCGUUGGUGAUUUUAUCCUAUUGAGAAACGGUCAAAGCUGUCCUGCAGAUGCGGUGUUACUUGCCAGCUCCGAUCCGGCUGGUAUCUGCUUUGUGGAAACCAAGGAUUUGGAUGGAGAGACAAAUCUAAAACCUCGGCAUGGCAUUCCAGAUCUUUGUCAUAUCCAAUCCGGUCAAGAGUGCUUGGAAAAUGUCGCUUGUUAUGUCGAGGCAGGAAGACCAACACCCGAUCUAUACAACUUUGAAGGCACCCUCGUCCUCUUUGAUAAGCAAAAUGGUACCAUUCAAGAAAGGAAAAAGGUACCUCUUGGGAUCGACAAUGUCAUUUUACGGGGUCACGUUGUAAGGAACACCCAUUGGGCUAUUGCCGUCGUCCUCUUCACUGGCACAGAAUCAAAGAUCAUUCAAAAUUCAGGCGCAACACCAAGUAAACGGAGCCGCAUUGAAAAGCAAAUGAAUCAAGAGGUCAUCAUUGCCUUCAUUGUAUUGUUUCUUUUAUGUUUGGUGUGUGCCAUCUUGGCUGGUGUGAUGAAAGCACAAGACGAUGCGGAUGCUGGCACUGACAUGUAUUCGAGACAAUAUUCUUCGCCCGCUUUUUACGGCUUCACCAACUUUUGGUCGAGUUUGAUCAUCUUCAACAAUAUUAUCCCCAUUUCGCUUUAUGUCUCGAUUGAAUUUGUUAAAACGUUCCAGGCUUACUUUAUAUGGAGCGAUCUCGACAUGUAUGACGAACCAACAGACACCGCCUGUAUACCCAAGUCGUGGAAUCUUUCGGAUGAGUUGGGUCAAGUGGAGUACCUGUUUUCCGAUAAGACGGGUACAUUGACACGCAAUAUCAUGGAAUUUCGGGAAUGCAGCAUUGGUGGCAAACGUUAUGGAAACAAUGGAUUUUCUCCCGAGUCGGAAGGAGCUCGUGGUGCCCGAUUGCGUAAAGAGAAACAAGAGCUACAGCAACAGCAACAACAACGACAAUCAGCAACAACCGAAGAAGCUGGAUUAUUAGCAGGCAACUUGGAAGAACAACGUCAUUCAUCAUCGCUUGCGCCUUCCUCCAACAAUGCACCUAUCACUUCUUCUACGGCUGGUUUGAAACAAGAUGAAACGACCUCUUUUCAACAACGACGUAAUGCUAUUUUUGAGGAUUAUAAGCGUGCAAUAUACUCGGUGUUUUCUCCACGUUACAGCAGCCUCGAUCCAGAACGAAUACCCUUUGCUGACCCACGUAUCUUUUGGGACCUGCAAUCAUCCACUACAAGCCCCACACAAAGAAGCGCCACGUCGGAGCUAACAGCCACAACACAGCUGCAGCAAGAUUACAUCCAUGAAUUUUUAAUGCUGCUUGCCUUGUGUCACACGGUGGUGGUGGAUAAGAUUGAUAAGGAUGGUAAAGUGAUUCCUGAAGAAGAUGAGGAUGAAGGGAUUGAAAAAGGAGAUGAUGACGAGGAUGAUGACAAGGACGAGAAUGAUGAUGAUGGCGAGCGACCUACUGCUGCUGCUGUUACUGGCAAUCGAAGUGAGCCUGCCAUGACGGAGGAAAUGGUGAAUCCAUCAUCCACCAAGCAUGAAAAAGGAGCAUUAAGGAACGCUAUGCGUGAACAGCGACGUCGAUUCAAAAAGGGAUUGAAAGCCAAAAGCAGGAAAUUGAGACGCAAAUCCAGCACCAAAAGCAACCGUGGUCAAGAAUUUGAUGCUAUUAUCAAUGUGAGCCGACCAGAGAUUGUGGAUCCUACUGUGGAGACUCAACUUGUGUACAAAGCGGAAUCACCGGAUGAAGCGGCCCUUGUGAGUGCAGCACGCGAUAUGGGCUUUUCCUUUUUAUCUCGCCAAGGCAAACGAUUACGUGUGGAUAUUCUUGGCACUGAGUAUGAGUUUCAGCUUCUCAAUGUUCUUGAGUUUAAUUCCACUCGUAAACGUAUGAGCGUCAUUGUGCGACGACCUGCCCCUUGGAAUGAUAUUGUAUUAUACUGCAAAGGUGCCGACAAUGUUAUCCUUGAACGACUACAAGAUCAACCCCUCAAAGAUGAAUUGCUACAACAAACCAAGCAAGAUGUGGAUGCAUUCUCCAAUGAUGGUUUACGUACAUUGGUGCUUGGAUACAAGAUAUUUACAAAAGAGGAGUACGAGAAAUGGAAUGCACAAUUGGAAGAAGCAAGUACGGCAGCUGAAAAUCGUACUGAAAAAGUGGAUCGGGUACAAGAUGAAAUGGAACGGGAUCUCAUGUUGUUGGGAGCCACUGGUAUCGAGGACAAGUUGCAAGAAGGCGUACCCCAAUGCAUUGAAGAUCUACGACGUGCAGGAAUCAAAGUAUGGGUGUUGACGGGUGACAAAUUGGAGACGGCUAUCAACAUUGGCUAUGCCAGCAGUCUUCUCGACAACAAUAUGAACUUGUGGACAUUACGAGGAAACAGCAACGGUGAUGCUGAAGCAGUGGAGCAUGACUUGGAUGAUAUAGCACGGCAAAUUUCGGCAGCUACAGCCAAAGGCGAUCUCACUGAGAACGCACUCAUCAUUGAAGGAUCAGCAUUGACGUUGCUUUUCAAGGCCGACAAUCUCAGACAAAAGCUACUGGAUGUAUCAUUGCUAUGUAAGAGUGUGCUUUGUUGUCGAGUAAGUCCAUUGCAAAAAGCACUGGUGGUCGAUAUGGUGCGUGAAGGCAAAGGCGCUGUGACAUUGGCCGUGGGUGAUGGUGCCAAUGAUGUUAGCAUGAUUCAAGCUGCCAACAUUGGUGUGGGCAUUGCUGGUCAAGAAGGUGUGCAAGCAUCCAUGGCAUCAGAUUAUGCAAUUGCUCAAUUCCGAUUCUUACACAAAUUGAUCCUUGUCCAAGGCCAUUGGAAUUACCAUCGCAUUGCUGAAAUGAUCCUCAAUUUCUUUUACAAAAACAUCCUCUGGGUGUUUCCAUCAUUGUGGUAUCAGAUUUAUAGUCGUUUCUCAGGCAACAUUUUCUACGACUAUUCAUUCUUACAAUUGUACAACGUCAUCUUUACGGUGGCACCUGUGGUCGUUUUAGGUGCAUCGGAUCAGGAUGUGACAUCGGCAUACUUGAAGCGAUAUCCACAAGUCUACGAGGUGGGCAUUGAUCAUCGAUUAUAUACCCGUUGGAGAUACUGGCUCUACUUUGGAGAUGCUGUAUGGCAAUCACUUGUGCUGUUUUACGCCUUCUUUUUCGUCUAUGAGGGCUCUGAUCCAAAUCCCAAUGGUCAUCCCGAGUCGAUGCUUGAAUUCUCCUCAUCAGUGGGCGUGGCAGCUAUUGUGGUGGCAAACUUGAUGCCAGGCUUCAACACCUAUUACUGGACAUGGUUUCAAUUCUUUUUCAUUGGUCUUGAGCUACUUGUCACCUUUUUAUUUGUUCUUAUCUAUGGACUCUUCCAAUCGGUUACCAUCUAUGGAAUGGGAACCAUGCUUUAUGGUGGUGGCAACUUUUGGUUGAUUCUCUUGCUCUCGGUGGUCUUGUCGUUCCUGCCAAGGUACGUGAUUUGCUUUGUCAAACAAUGGUGGUUCCCCGACGUGAUGGCGACUGCACGACAUGUGGAGAAAUAUGACAAGUUGCAAUUGCGGAAGGCGAGGAGGAAGGAUGCUGCUGUCAAUGAAAAGUGGACCUGGCAUCAUCGAUCAUGGUUUGGCAAACAACGACGCUCCUGA